AUGAGUGGUGCCUCGAGUUCUUGUUCAUUGUUCUUUCGAUACAAGAAAGAAUCUCCUGACUGUAAGGCCAUGAAGAAGCGCUCUUCUGCAAUGACCGCGUCUUCACAGAGAUGGCAAACACUACCAUGGCUUCUCAUGUUUUUCUUCUUAUUCACCCCCUUCUCUUUGAGCUUAGUCUCAUCCUCACCAACUCAACCUUCCAAGUACUACAAAGAUCAUUGUUCCAAAAGCGUCCCUGGAUCCUUACAGAAGAAAGUUCCACUCACAAACUUUCCACUUGCGCGAUCCCAUACUGGCUUCUAUACUGGUGGCAAACCUUUUUUGGACCCAAAUCCAACUCUGUCUGAGUCGACUUUCUCAAACUCCCUUCUACUUCGAACCUUGGCUGUCUAUGAUACUGAUAUCCAGGGCUUGUUCAAGCUUCAAGGGCGUUUAACAUUUCAAACCGCCUAUAAGAACAAGUACAGGGAAGACUUAUCUUAUUCCCGAUAUUCAUACUCUACUGCUUUCAGUGAAUUAGGGCCUCGAAGUUCCAUCAGUUUUGAACUGGAGGAGGGGUACUGGUCAGAAUCGAAGGGAAAGCUUUGUAUGGUUGGAUCGGCUUCUGCUCACACUGAAGAAGGUAAAUGGCUUAAUCUUUCUGCUGUUCUUAACCUCAAUAAUGUCACCAGUUCAAGUAGUAUUACUAGUUUGAUUACUGGGACUUUAGAGAGCCUGAGUUCUGCAGAGGAUCCAGCCCAUUUUGAACCGAUUUCCAUGUUGAUACUUCCUCAAAAGAAUUAUAAAUUCUCGUCAGUUUCUGACGAUAACAGAAAUGAAUUUUCUGGUGGAAGUGAUCUUCCCCCCGGUCUGUCACUUAGUUCUCUUCCGGAAAACACAUUCUGUUCAUUAGCCUCGAAGACAGCCCCCCAAAAGUUCAGUUUGAGGUAUGCCAGUGGAUGCAAUUCUUCAAAGAACUGCACUCUAUUUGAUGCAGACUUCGGAUAUGUGCCUCGUAUCAUGUCCUUGUAUGAGAUUGAGUGUUUUGAGGACAAAGAAAAGAUGCGGGUUCUGGUGGAGUUUUCUAACCAAACCCACGUUGAUUAUUACCGGAGAUUCGAUCCCAAAACAACUCUGGUUGGGGAGGGGUCAUGGGAUGAGAGCAAGCAUCAGCUCUGCAUUGUAGCUUGCCCAUUUUUAGGCACUACGGAAUCUUUGGCUCGUGCUCACGUGGGUGAUUGUUCAACAAAAUUGAGCUUGAGGUUUCAUUCAAUCUGGUCAAUCAAAGAUGCUAGCAGGAUUGUGGGGCAAAUUUGGACUAACAAAACCGUUAAAGAGUCAGGUUACUUCAAUAGGAUCAUGCUUCGUAGUUCAAGAAAUGAUAGGAUGGAGGUUCCUGAACUAACAAAGUACCAGUACACCAAAUUAGGUACUGCUAUGGAGUUGUGCCCCAAGUCUGAGAAGCCUGCUAAAACCAAUGGGGAAAGAUACCCCAAUGGGGACUCAGACUCAAUGAGUUUUGACAUUUCACUGACACAGUCAGAAGGAACAAGUGGCUGGGGUAAUUUAGCUCCUAUAUCUGUUGGAGAUCACAUUUAUAGGUACUCAAGCUUCCAAGACUCUACAGUGCCACCGAAUUUUAGCAGUGGUUCGGUCAAUAUCAGCUACAGGAUACACCUCAACACGAUCACAAGGAAGAUGUCGCCCUUUCACACUAGGAACUCUUCCUCUGACAUAUCUUCAUGGGAGAUUGUAGCUGAAGGGCUGUAUGAUGCUGAAACAGGAAGUUUGUGUAUGGUAGGGUGCAGAAAUCUUGAUUCAGACAAUCAAAUACCAAGAGCCGAUUCUUCGGAUUGCGAGGUUCUGGUCACAUUUGAUUUCCCUCCAUUUAAUUCAAAGAAGACAGGUUAUAUCAAGGGAAGCAUUAAUAGCACAAGGGAAAAAUCCGAUCCACUUUACUUUGAACAUUUAGACUUGAAAUCAGAUUAUUUUUACAGGGAUGGAUCUUCUAUUUGGAGGAUGGAUGUGGAGAUUAUCAUGGUAAUUAUCUCCACCACACUGUCAUGUGUGUUUGUGGCGCUACAAAUCUUUCAUGUGAAAAGGCACCCUGAUGUUCUUCCCUUAAUCUCCCUUGCCAUGCUAUCAAUUCUUACUUUGGGCCAGUUGAUACCUCUUGUGCUUAACUUUGAAGCCUUGUUCUUGAGCAAAUCUAGCGGGGGGAACAUAUGGCUUGCAAGCGGAAGGGGCCGGUGGAUUGAAGCAAACGAGGUAAUUGUGAGAGUGACUGGAAUGGUAGCUUUCUUGUUGCAAUUCCGUCUUCUCCAAAGAAUAUGGUCUGCAAAAUGGGCUGGAGGAAAUCAAAAGGGGUUGUGGGUUGUGGAGAAGAAGGCUCUCUUUGUAGCUUUACCGCUAUACGUUGCAGGCGCCUUAGUUGCUGUGGCAUUGAACUGGUGGAUGUGGAAUGGAAAAAAUGGUGCUGCGAGAUCCACCAGUGAAGAUGGUGCUGUUGUGCUUAUGGAUUCUGCUACAAGUUAUCAACUCCAUUCUCUUUGGGAGGCCUUGAAAUCUUAUUCUGGUUUGGUCUUGGAUGGUUUUCUCUUGCCUCAAAUACUGCUCAACAUGUUCUGGAACUCAAGAACGAGUGCUCUUUCUUGUUCAUUUUACAUCGGAAACACUUUUGUCCAAUUGCUGCCACAUGCCUACGAUCUUUACAGGGCUCACAAUUAUUUUCACCACCAUGAUGGGUCAUUCAUAUACGCCAAUCCUGGGGAAGACUUCUUCUCCACUGCUUGGGAUGUGGGUAUCCCUCUUGGGGGUUUGGUUUUUGCCUUGAUCAUCUUUUUGCAGCAACGGUUUGGUGGUCGUUGCAUUUUUCCCCGGAGGUUUAGAGAGUUGCAAGUAUAUGAGAAGGUGCCUGUGACUGGUGAUUCAUGA